UUGCCGUGGGCUGAGAAGGGACAGUUAGAUUUUUCUUUUGCUCCUAGUCAGAGAUUAGGAGUAACUGAAACUAUUUUUUUGGAUGAGAUUAAUUUACUUUUUAAAGGCAAUAUUGUGCAGGAUGACGGGUUAGAAAACGAUGAUAAAGAGAAAUUAAAUAAACUUGGUAUCAAUAAUGACCAUCCUAAAUAUACUUUGGGUGAUUUAGAAAAAUUAUGUCGUUGGUAUGAUAUAUUAGCAGGUAAUCAAGUAAAUAUUUCAGAAAUAAUUCAGAAGAUAAUUUUCAACAAUAAUUACGCAAUUAUUAUUUAUGGGGAAGGAGGUUAUGAUAUUAGACUACUGUUUUAUGAAAAAGUAUCAAAUAGUUUGAAAAUACCUUCAAUUUCCCUUAAUGGUUAUGACCGACAUGACUUAGAUGAUAUCAAAAAAAGAGCAGAAGAUUUAGAAAUCUUAAGAAUUUCUUAUAAUGAUGGCUACGAAGAUAAUAAUUUUCCUUCGUAUUUUAAGGAAGAAAAAGUUGAGAAAACUAAUUUUUCGUCAUUUUAUUCAGUUAAGAUGAACCCCGAUAAAUAUAUCAAACCUUUAGAUGUUAUUUGUCAUGUCUAUUAUGAUGAACUAAGCAAGAGAGCAAUAGUUAAAAUUGAGAAUUGGAAUAACUUUUUUAUUUUGCAAGAUGCUGAUAAAAUAAUCUGCUAUCACCCAAUAAUUGCCUUUAAAAAAUCUGAAAAAUUAAUUGAACACAUUGCUAAGUGUGUGGAGGGAAAGUACUUUGAUGUAGGAGUUGAAAAAAUCAUGUUAAAAAAUCAAGAAUUAAAAAAAAAAAUAAUCAAGGAAGAACUAUCAAAACUAAGUGUUAACAGAGAGGGAUUUUAUGUUGAUGCUGGAGAAUUAAGUAAGAGAAAUUAUGAUACUAGUAAAAGUAGUGUUAAAUAUCUUCCUAUAAUAGAUGAAAUUUUGGAUCAGAAAAAGGUUAUACCUAAAAGUAACGAUCAACAAUCAUUAAGAACUAAAGUAAUUGAAAAAAUCCUGCCAAACCUAAGCAUUGAUCCUUAUGGAAAUUAUGUUUGGUCAGAUUACUUAGCCGUGUUAACUUAUGAUGAUGUCAAUGAUUAUUAUUAUAACUCGCUGCCCACUGCAAAUAUUGACCCAGAAGGUAUUCUUUCUGAAGAAGAUUACCAAGAGAUUUAUCGAACUGUGAUUAAAGAUAUUAAAGAAAAUGCUAAGGAAAUCAAUAAUUCUCCACACGAAGAGUUUAAUAAGCCUGGAUUAACUAUUCAACAUCAAUUGUUUAUUUAUCGAAAAAUACAGAACCCAAAACUAGACUUAACAGCAAAAAAGGACGACAGGUUACGAUGUCAGGAAUGUUAUCAACCUAAUACCGGAAAAUAUGCAUUUAAUGGGAUGGUUGCUUUAAAAAUCUUAAAUAAUUCCCAAAAUAUUACUACUGAAUUUUUGCAAGAAACCAUUAACCACAAAAUGUUUAAUGGAAAUAAUGUUGUGUCGUGCUAUGGUAUUUCCCAAGAUCCUGAAACUAAGAAUUAUAUCAUGGUUAUGUCAUAUAAAGAAGAGGGCAACUUGCGCCAAUACUUACAAAAAAAUUAUAGCAAGUUAAGUUUUGAUGACAAAAUUAAUUUUUUAUCAGAUAUUACUGCUGGGCUAGAUAAAAUUCAUGAACAAGGGUUAAUUCAUAAAGAUUUUCAUGCGGGUAAUAUACUAUGUGAUCAUGACUUUUGGCAUAUUUCUGAUCUAGGUUUGUGUCGACCGGUUAAUGAAGAGGAUGAAGAAAAAAUCUACGGAGUGCCGCUUUAUGUUGCUCCCGAAGUAAUUAGAGAAAAAAAAUACACUCAAGCAGCUGAUAUUUUCUCACCAAACUUAGACAGUGUUAAGGCACCUCAACUAUUGAAAGGAUUAAUUAAGCAAAGCGGUUACUUUGAGGAAGAUGAAAACCCACAAUUUUAUCAACAGUGUAAAGAAAUAGAAAAUUCUGAAGUAGAAUCAUGCAGAAAAACUCUCUUAGAACUUUAUAAUAAAGAAGCAAAAGCAAAGGAAGAGAAAGAAAUAAGAAGAGAAUUGUUUGUUGUGUUUUGUCAACAAAACAAUUAUGCAGAAAAAACAGAGGAGGCAGAAAGAGAAUUUCGUGAACUAUUACAUCCUCGCACAAAAAGUUUAAGUUAUCAAGACCACCAUCAGGAUAUUAGUACUCCGUUAUUUCUAAAGAAUGAGGAAACUUCUUAUAACUCAACUAAAAUUACUGAACAAAUUAAAGAAAUAGAAAAUAAAUUAGAAGAACUUAAAAAAGCUUUCAACAGCGAAACAACGGAAUUAGUAGAAACUUUCAUCCAAGUCCGCAAAAAAAUGAUAAAAAAUAAAGAAAGUAAACAAGCAAAGAUUGAAGCAAGAAAACUAGAAGAACAAUUAGAAGAAAAAGGUAAAUAUCCUAAAGAAACAAAAGAAAUAAAACUUAAAAAUAAAGAUUUUUCAGGACAACUAAUUAUUGAAAAUUAUCCAAAUUUGGAAAAAUUAUAUCUACGAGAUGAUGGAAAUAUAAGUAAAGAUUUGAUUAUUGAAAAUUGUCCACAAAUAAGAAAGUUAAAUAUUCGCAAAAAUCUUUUAACUAAUCUAGAAUUCCUAAAACCUUUAAAAAAUUUGGAAGAGUUAGAAAUAGAUGAACUUCAAGAACUAAUAGAGUUGGCCAAUAAUAAACCUCAUGAAUUAUUGAAAGCAAUUAAAAACUUAAAAGAACGACAGCCAAUUAUUAUUGAUAAUCCAAUUGACUUUGAAGAAAAAUAUCAAGGGUUAAAAAGGAAAUUAGCCUCCUUAAUACAAAUAAAAACUCAGGAACUAAAUAGACUUGCUACCAAUUUAGAAGAGGAAGUAUCUAGAUUGCAAAAGUCGAAGGAAGAGUUUGAGAAAGUUUACCAAAAAAUUGAGCAAAAAGAAAGGGAAUUAGAGAAUUUAAAAAAUGCUUAUAAAAUCUGUUCAUUAAAAGAAGCAAUCAUCAAAUUACAAAACAACUUUAAUCAGCGAGAAAAACAAAUUAAACAGGUAAUUAACAAUAUUAACAUUAAAUCAGUAGGCAAUUACAUUGAAAACUAUUUGCCUCAGGAAGGAAGCACUACUAAUUUUGUUGAAGAAAAUAAACCAACCAAAAGAAUUUUUGGAAAAGUAGGUAAUUAUAUUGCAAAUUUUUCUCCUUCAUCAGGUACUAACACCACCCUUAUUGGUUUUCAAUAUCAAGGAGUUGCAAAUGAAACAAAAGUUUGUUUUGUUUGCAGCAGGGAAGUGGGGACUGCAGUCAAAAGUGGUUAUCAAUGUGAAUUAUGUGCUCAACAAAAAGCAAAGCAAGUAGGUGAAUUAGCAGAAGAAAAAGUACAGUUAAAGAAAGGCGAGGAAGAACUUAAUAAACUAUUUGAAGAGCUGUGUUUAGGGCUAGAUAAUGUGGGGAAAAUGGUUAAGGCAGAAAAAAGCAAUCAGCCAGUUGCUCAAAUUCAAUUCACUUUAGAACACUUAAUUGGAAAAGGAAAACUCCGGGACGUAGCAAUUAAGAAGUUGUAUUUAUCACCCAACAACAUUUCUCAAAAUGAUUUUAAGGGCAUUGUGGAUGAAAUAAACAUUCUCAAAAAUCUAGAGUACAAAUAUGUAAUCCAAUAUCAUGGUGCUUACUUUGAUAAUCAGCAGUUUCUCAUUAUCAUGGAGUAUGCAAAAAAUGGAACCUUAACUAAAUUUAUUAACGAUAAUAAGGACAUUGAUAAUAUAUUAGUGCAUGUUGCUUUCAAUGAUGAAAGGGAAAAAAUACCUGACAAUGCUCCACCAGAAAUUCAUGAUGUCAUUGAAAAAAGGAUGACUUUAACUAAUUUACUCGCCAUGAUAGAUCCUCAAGUGGUUUUUGCUGAUGGGUCAUCGGACUCUAAAAUUAAAAAAAACUCAAAUCAAGUUAAUAGUGAUAACUUUUUUGUUAUCAAUUAUGAACAAGAGGAAAAGUUGCAACCUCAACUCGAGGUACCUCCAAAAGGAAAGAACUAG